UCACAGACUCGCUCCGAAAGCUUUCCCGAACACCGGAAUGACGCGGAAAUUCGAGCGUUUAUAAAGCCCAGCGGCUUGCAGACACACAAAACUGACGGGGUUUGUCUCACGGGUGCCGAAAAGAAGGAGCGGCGCUCGAAUAUGACGUUGGUGUCGCAGCGGUGACGUUCGCUUUAGCAGAGAGGUCAAGAUGGCUACGUCGGCUUGGCUGCAUGGCCCAUCUGCGAUGCGACUCACGGAAGGUCUGGCGUCGGCUUUGAAAGAGCAGCGUCCAGAACACAUUCCGGUGCUGUUGUCCAGCUACAGAGAACAUGGCGUGUUGGCGACACAGAGUGCGAGCACCGGCGGGGGGUUGGUGGGUUUCUGCAACGCAAAACUGGGCUCCAGCAAGACCCGGUUUGAAGGUCUUUGUCUGCUCUCCAUGCUGGUUAAGGACAGUUCCUGUGAACUUUUCCAACAGCACUGCCUCUCCUGGCUGCGCUCGCUCCAGCAAGUCAUACAGUCGCAGGCUCCUGUUCAGACUAUCCUGCUGGCAGUAAACAUUUUAAAGGAUCUUCUUCAGCACUCGUCUCAGCUGGCGGAGAUGGCUCGGGAGGUUGGACUUAAUUGCAUUCUGGGAAUCCUCACUUCUCUGCUGGGCCUUAAGACGGAGUGCGAACUGGCAGCAAUGGAGGGAAUGACGGCUUGCAUGACCUACUUCCCCAGAGCCUGUGGAUCUCUCAGGAACAAACUUGGGGCAUAUUUCCUGUCCAAAAUGGACAGCACCAACAAGAAAACACAAGAGAUGGCCUGUCAGUGUUUUUGCCGCCUCCCCUGCCUCGGUGGUCUGCUGGACAGAGGAGUGGGUGUUGGCAGAUCUGAGGGCUGGGCCAACCAGAUCCAUUGCCUGCUGGUCACAGCCAAUAGCCUGCUGUCCCAGAUCUACCUGGGCUGUGAAAUGGAGGGAACUGUGCAGUAUGAAGGUCCCGGGCUGGAGCUGGGCUUCUCUGUACUGGACCAAUCAGAUCCUCUGCUUCUGCUGCAGCUUCAGCACCGAUACACGGCCGUCUGCCUAGCACUCAAACACACUCUCAGAAUGGAUCCAGCCUCAGCUGUACGUCUGCCAGUCAGACCCAUCCUCAACCUUGUGUGUCGAGCACUUGCUGUCAGCUCCAAAAGCAUUAAUCUAACAGGAGAUGGUAGUGUGAGGCUGCUGCUCCUGCCCAUCAUACACACCAAUACAGUAGAGGUCUUAUCAGCUCUUAUUACAGUUGUUCGAAAUAGCAUGGUUCAGUUUGCUGCUGUGCUGCAAAGACUGUUCUCCCAAACUCUUUCUGCUUGGACACCUCCUCCUGACGCAAACUCGGGACAACAGAGAGCCUACAGCACAGUGCGGGUAUCGGUGUAUAAGACAUUAGAAUUGUGGGUUCAAGUGGCUGGUGCCUCGGCGAACAUCCUUCAGGGAAGUCCAAGCCAUUCUGAGCUUCUUUUUAACCAUCUGCUCGGUGACAUCACUCCAGGGGAGGAGUCUGUUAAGCUUCGGGCUGGUCUUGCAGCUGAGGCUGUUCCAGGAGGAAAGCCAGGUCCUCGGCGGACCAAACAGUUAGUGAUGUCAGAUGCAGUCGGCCCUUCGCUCCAGAGGAAAGGAGACUCGCUAGCCAAUCAAGACGUCUGCAUUUCCGCUCUCCGGGCACUCAGACAAGUCAUUCUGGCCAGUGGAACGCUGCUCAAGGAUGACGUGCACAAACGUCUCCACGGUGUGGUGCUGCCACUGUGUGUGCGUCUACAGCAGCAGCAGACGAGCACCAGCACCACGUGUGAACCUGCCGGCAGUAUCAGUGGCCAGUACAGCAGUGCCAGUACCAGACGGGAACUCUACAGACUGUUGCUGAGUUUGAUUCUGGUCCCGUCACCGUGCUGGCCGGCUCCUCUCACCUGUGCUGUGUCCAUUCUCAGCAAAGGACGUGCUGACAGAAAUCUGAAGGUUUCAUCGUUCUGCAGUGAGGCUCUGACCAUCUGCAACUCUCUCCUCCACCCCCGCACUCCCUCCAUUGCCAUCCCAUUACCUCCUCUAGAUCUUAAAACGACACCCUCAGCGCCAGUCAUCCCUGCUGCCCAGGGUCCAAGCCAAGGGCUUGCUUUGCCAAAUCUCCUAGGUGGUCCUGGCACUGGUCCGCCCUUCUCUACCCGCCCGUCUCUCGGCCUUGGCCCCGGAUCUCUCAUGGGUUCCUUGGAGAACCACCUGUCCUUAGGUCCAGGACUUCAUGGCCAUAAUGCUGCUGACAUGCUGCUGUCCCCGCAUGCACAUCACCAUCAGGACCCGGGCGGCCUGGCUCCCCCGGACGGUCAGAGACCAGUCUUUGUUCGUUACGACAAAGAGGAAGCAGAAGAUGUGGAAAUCUCUCUUGCGAGCGACUCUGACGACAGCGUGGUCAUCGUUCCUCCAGGCAUGCUCAACAUGGAGAACCAGCAGGAGGAUCUGGCCAGCUCCCAGGCCUUGGCUCCAGGAGCUGCAGCUGCAGUCACAAUAUCAGGAGGGGAAGCUGUUGCCAUGGUUCCUAGCACGACACAGCCCACCACCAUUGAUGGGGUUUCUCUCGCUAAUGACCUCACCACCUCUUCUCCACUCCUCACCACCUCCUCCAGCGCCAUCAAUUCCUUCCCCCCCUCCAGCUCCUCUGUGGUGUCGCUCACUCCCAUUUUGAAUUCCAACACUCUCUCAGCGCCACCCACUGGGCUGGGGGACUCACUGCCUGGGAGACCUCAACUCCAACAGAUGCUGAUGCAGCCAUCUGCCACCUCCAUGGGCCUCCAGCUUCAGAUGCAGCAGCUGCAUAACCAGCUGAACCAACAGGGUCGUCACCUGCACCAGCCUCCUCCCAGCAACGAGGCCUCCGCUGUCAUCGACAUCAACAGCACUGACGAUGAGGAGGAAGAGGAGGAUGAGGAGCUUGAGGAAGAUGAGGAGGAGGAGGGAAGCGAAUUUUCAGACGGAGAAAUUUAUGAUGGUGAGGACUAUGAUGAGGAAGAAGGUGAGGAGGAGGAAGAAGAGGAAGAGGAGGAGGAAGAAGAUGAAGAGGAGGAGGACGAAGCGGGACACAUACCUCCUCUGGAGGACACAGAGGACAAGGUGCAUGAAGGUGGAAUCGAGGAGGAGAAGGUGCUUGGUGCAGCUCUGGAUGAAGCUGAGAUUGCAGCCUUCAAUGUGGAGGAGGGAGAGUCUGAGGGGGGCAUUGAGGAGGUCCAGACCAACAGAUCCGUGUUCGCUGAAGACCGGAUCAAAGUACAAGAGGUGGAGAGCAUCGGUGUCCUGGAGGAGGGGAGAGAGGUCGAGGAAGACGUGAGCGAGAGAAUGGAUGACCCCACCAUGCCCCAGAUCCUGUGUGUGACGGGGGGAGCCAUGGAGGAGAGGGAGCAGCAGGAGGCGGCGGGCGAACAGGAGAGUGAAGCUCCGCCUCUGAGGGAGAAGCAGCCUUGGCCACAGGAGGAGGUGGAUUUAACCGACACCUCUGAAAAAAGCCCAGCUCCUCACGGCUCUCGGCAGGAAGUUGAAGCUCCACAGGAAGCCAGUGGGAGCAGCAACCCUCCUCCUAGUGAUCCAGAGGAGCAACUGGCGGCAGCCAGAGAGGAGGUGGCGGCAGACGCUGAGCCCCCAUCAGAUCCACACGCCAGGACGCAGGAGGACACAGAGACUGAGAAAGCAGUGGAGACAAUAGAGGUGGAGGAGCAGGAGGCAGAAGAAGAAUCAGGAGGAGGUGGUGAAGGAGUGGAGGCGAAAGGAGUGAAGCGCAAGAGAGAGGAGGAACUGUCUCAGGAAGGGCAGAGCCCAGAGAAGAAAAAGGUGGAUGACGAUGUCAUGGCCUCCAUGCUGGCAGACUUCGUCGCUUGUCCCCCUGAUGAAGAUGAGGCUGCCUCAGGAUCCAACCAGUCUUAACAACCUGCCAACACUGACUCAUCAUAGCUGACAUUUCCAUGGUUACCGUCAGCCACAUCUGGUUACAUCCAACGUACACUUGCCGUUUGCUUCCUAAUUAACAGCAUGGUUGCCUCCAGCUCGGCGGAAUGUCUGUGACGCAUCGAAGCUGCCAAGCGAUGAACUGUUUUCAUUUCCCUCAACAGGCCUUUUCUGGAUGUGUGUCUUUUUAUGUCACUUGUUUUGUCCUCACUCAUAGUCUUUCUUAAAAAAACAGUAAAAGAAGCAGACAUCUGAUGUAAACACACGACUAGCUUGCUUUGGUUCUUUUUCUUCCCUCGCUGAGUGAUUCACCAGGAAUGAGGAUCACUUCAGAUCCGGAGUCCGUUCUGAAAAAAAACAGUUCAAUUAAUGAAAGGAGGAUAUGUCACGUGAUCAGUAGUGAGAGCUACAGGAGCAGCUUUCUUUCUGAAAUUGGUUUCAUGAAGCGACUACAAGGUGCAAAUAAUAUCGACUAGCAAAAGCAACGGCGUUGAAGCCAUGACACUGGAACCAACGCGAGAAGCUAGAAGACGGUGAUCAGUAUUAGCAUGAGUUGACUACUGUGAAAAUGACUUCUAGGAAGACAACUGGACUGGUGACUCAUGGCUCCCAGCAGCAUCUUGGUGACUAACAGUGCUCCCAACUGAAAUUCAGAGCUUCAGUCACCCAGACUCCACCAGGGUUCACUCACUAGUCAAGUAGAAGACAUUCUACUGGUUUCUGUCUCAUGGCGAAGUGUCACAGUUGAGUGCUGAUCCCCAUCUUGCCUGCGUCACACUAUUGUGAAGUGUUUCAGGGACAAAUGGAGCUCUUAAUGUGAGAGAUGAGAUGAGAGCUUGGGGAAAUAAACAGCACAGCCAGAACAGCCUUUGUAAGAAGCUGUUGGCACAUUUUUUUUUGCAAUGGCGUGUAAUUGGAUGUGCUGCAAGCUCCAGGUUUCACCACCAAACCGUUAUAUUCUUGAAAUCUUCAUAUCCACAGAGCUGCUUUUUUAAGAGCAUAUUUAAAAUGGCUUCGAU